AUGAUUAUUUUACAGUCAACACCCGACGAUUCUGUGACACCGCCACUCGGCGACGCCGACAUGUUACCCCCGUUGCAAGCGUUUGAGCGACGCCGAGAAAGGGGAUCGUUCUUUGGAGCGGUGCGGAAACGAUGGAAAAGAGUGCCCUCAUUGCGACCGGAAGUCGUCGAUUUUUACAGUGCGAUCCUCUUCCCGACGUGCUACUGUUUGUUCAACAUUAUCUACUGGACAUACUAUUUGACCGAUUUGUCGGCUUCAAACGAGGUCCAAAUGCACAUUCCGCCGGCCGACGAGGGAAACAAA